AUGUCUGACGAUUUUGCAAAGAUUCCUUCGGGCGCUCAGGUCCAGCCAACGCCCUACAAAGUCUCCAUUGCGGAUGACAAGAUCGAUGAGCUUAAGCAGCUUGUGAAGCUUGGAAGAGUCGGACCGCCGACCUAUGAAUCUACCCAGAAAGAGCAUAACUAUGGAGUUAGUCACCAGUGGUUGACUGAUGCGAAAGCUGCUUGGCUUAACUUUGACUGGCGCGCUGCGGAAAAGCACAUUAAUUCCUUCAACCACUGGACUGUACCCAUCAAAGACGAGAAGGGUGAUUUCACGAUUCAUUUCACAGGUCUCUUCUCCUCCAAGCCCGAUGCCGUCCCCGUGGUAAUGCUCCAUGGUUGGCCGGGUAGCUUCCUAGAGUUUCUAAAGAUCCUCUCCAUUCUCAAGGAGCGCUAUACCCCAGAUACCCUCCCCUACCACGUCAUUGUACCAUCUCUCCCCGGCUAUGCUUUCUCUGAUAAGCCGCCGCUGGACAAGGACUUUGGCAUCAGAGAUGUUUCCCGCAUCGUGAACAGCCUCAUGGUUCAGUUGGGUUUUGGAGGUGGCUAUAUCGCGCAGGGAGGCGAUAUCGGAAGCAGAAUUUCUCGCGUGCUCGCAGCUAUUUAUGAUGAGUGUAAAGCCGCUCAUCUCAAUUUCUGCCUCAUGGCUGAGCCCGCAACAGCGCAGGGCGAAGUCUCGGAGGCAGAAAAGAAAGGCCUCGAGCGCGCAAAGGACUUUGACAAGCUGGGCACCGCCUACGCUUUAAUGCACGCCACAAGACCAAGCACCAUCGGUCUCAUCCUCUCGUCAUCGCCUCUCGCGCUUCUAGCCUGGGUUGGCGAGAAGUUCCUGAGCUGGAGUGACGAAGAUCCCCCGCUCGAGGAAAUUCUUACCUCAGUUUCACUUUACUGGCUAACAGACAGCUUCCCUACUUCAAUCUUCCCAUACCGCCAGCGCUUCGACCCAGAUUAUCCCGGUGCACACGAUCACCCGAAGUGGAAGAUCAGCAAGCCAUUGGGUUAUAGCUGGUUCCCGUUUGAGCUUGCUCCUAUUCCUGUGAGCUGGGUGAAGACGACCGGCAAUCUGGUGUUCUGGAGGGAUCAUGAGCGGGGUGGACAUUUUGCUGCGCUGGAGAGGCCGGAGGAUUUGUUGAAGGACUUUGGGGAGUUUGUGGAGCAGAUCUCCAAGGAUGGGUCUUUGAAGAUCCAGUGA